AUGUCGGGAUACAGCCGCGACGCCGUCGUCAACUGCCUGACGCGGCACUACGAGCUGCUGGUGCGCAUGGGCUACAUGGACGCCUCGGUCGUGCAGCUGCCCCCGGUGACGACGGGCUGGAGCGACGCCGAGCUCCGCGUCGACGCCCUCCGGGCCAUGGGCCGCUCCGAGGCCGUCAUCGACCUGCUCCGGCACAUCCCCUACCUCCGCGAGAGCGACAACGGCGACGCCCAGGAGAUCUACAGCGAGACCUUCCCGCUGCGCUACCUGCGGGACGGCCGCUGGUUCGGCACGGCCUCCGCCGACGACUUCGCCAACACGCCGCUGCUGGACCUGGGCUUCGCGCCGUUCGACGGGCCCGUGCCGGCCGGCAUGGUCUCGUUGACGCAUGCGGAUGAGGGCAUCUGGUGGCUGGUUGAUACGGAUGAGGGAUGCAUUUAUCCCUACGGCACCGAGUUUGAGAGCGAGGACGAGGCUCCCGAGGGACAGCCGUGGAAGGCUGUCGAGCCGGUGGACAUUCAGACUUAUUUCGAUGGCAUCUACGCUCAGAUUGGCAACUUGGAUGUUGUCCCGGCGCCGCGGUCCGGGAAGUGGGAUGCGAGGGUCGUGGAGGAGCACACAGAGGAAGGCGAGUUGAUCAAGAAGCUGUAUCACGAGUACGGAUGGCCCGAUGUAUUCCGUAAGGAAGAGUUUGUCCAGGCCGUCGAGCAGAACCGCGCUGGUUUCCUUGAAGCGGGACUUGGGGAUGACGAUGACGAUGAGGAGAUGGCCGGUUAG